AUGCGCUCAAAUUAUUUCUCGACCAGCCUCGUUCUCGCGUGCGCAUCGGCUGCUUUGGCCGUGCCAUUCGCAAGCGACAGCGGAAUCCUGAGCAAGAAGGCUGACUCGACUAAGGUCGGCUAUUUGGCGGCCUAUUGGAAGACGGACGAGACUGGUAUCUUCUUUGCAUUGAGCACCAACGACAACCCGCUGCAAUUCAAUCCGGUCAAUGGCGGAGAGCCCCUCUUCGUUCCCACCCUCGGUCAGAAAACCGUUCGGGACCUCUCACUCGUUCCCGGCUCUGGAGAGGAAGAAGGCACAAAAUGGUAUCUUCUCGCAACGGAUCUGAACAUUGAAGAUUACGCGUCGUGGGAUGCCGCAGCUGCCAAUGGCUCGAAAGCGUUGUUGAUCUGGGAUAGCUCAGACCUGAUUAACUGGACGGACGAGAGGCUCAUAACCGUCGAGGAUGACACCGCCGGAAUGGCGUGGGCGCCCGAUGCCAUCUGGGAUCCGGAAGCGGGUCAAUACUUGGUGCACUGGGCAUCUCAAUUUUUCGCCGAAAACGACACGACUCACAGCAACGGCCCAAUCGACGAAGCCGUCAUGCGCUACGCGCACACGAGCGACUUCCAGACGUUCACGACCCCGCAGACGUACCUCGACAGGAACCCCGAGAGCACCAUCGACCUCAGCUUCCUCAAGAUCAACGACACGGCCUACGUGCGCUUCUGGGCGCACGACGGCUUCCACACCGAAGUCGGCUACGACGGCUUGUUUGGCGCCUUCGAGGAGGUUGGGGAAGUCGUCACCGGCUACGAGGGCCCUUAUGCGUUUUGGGACAACACGGCCGACGGCGUGGCGUACGUGAUUGCCGACAAGCUGGGUUCUGAUGCGGGGAUCAGAGGAUAUGGACCGGCGGACCCGACGACGGGCGCGUGGGUGCAGGACACGUCGGUGGAUGAUGCGUAUAUGAGACAUGGCUCUGUUCUCGCUGUUACUCAGGAACAGUAUGAUGCGCUGGCUGCUCUCUGA